GGAGGACUCCCCGCCCAACCUCCAUCCGGGAUGGGCCCCCGCUCUGGGGCGCGCCGCCUCCCGGUCCGGGGGAUCCUCUCUGCGGUGACGGUCUGAAGGGCCUCAGCCCCGGGGAGGGUGGACAGCCAGGCGCGGGGCCGAACCUAGCUGACCUUGGCAGGGCCAAUCUGGUGCGGCCGUCACCACGCGCAGAUGCUUUCAAGUUGGCAAACAUUUACUGAGCAUCUGUUAAGUACAAGAUGAACAUCUGCAACAAGCCCUCCAACAAGACGGCCCCCGAGAAGAGUGUGUGGACAGCACCGGUGCAGGCCAGCGGACCUUCCCCGGAGCAGCAGGGCCAACGGUCCCGCCGGAAUGGAUGGAGCUGGCCCCCUCACCCACUUCAGAUUGUGGCCUGGCUGCUGUACCUCUUCUUCGCGGUGAUUGGCUUUGGGGUCCUUGUUCCCCUCCUGCCUCACCACUGGGUGCCUGCUGGCUAUGCUUGCAUGGGUGCCAUCUUUGUUGGCCACCUUGUGGUGCACCUGAUCGCAGUCUCCAUUGAUCCAGCAGAUGCCAAUGUUCGGGACAAGAGCUACACAGCACCUCUGCCCAUAUUUAACCGCAGUCAGCAUGCACAUGUCAUAGAAGACCUGCACUGCAACCUGUGCGACGUGGAUGUGAGCGCUCGCUCUAAGCACUGCAGCGCCUGCAACAAGUGUGUGUGUGGCUUCGACCACCACUGCAAGUGGCUCAAUAACUGCGUGGGUGAGAGGAACUACCGGCUCUUUCUACACAGUGUGGCAUCUGCUCUACUGGGUGUCCUGCUCCUGGUGCUGGUGGCCACUUAUGUCUUUGUAGAGUUCUUUGUCAACCCUAUGCAGCUGCGCACCAACGAACACUUCGAAGUCCUGAAGAAUCACACAGAUGUGUGGUUUGUGUUCUUGCCCGCUGCCCCUGUGGAGACCCAGGCUCCUGCCAUUCUGGCCCUGGCUGCUCUACUCAUCCUUCUGGGCCUGCUCUCCACAGCCCUGCUUGGCCACCUGCUGUGCUUCCACAUCUAUCUCAUGUGGCACAAACUCACCACCUAUGAGUACAUUGUGCAGCACCGCCCACCACAGGAGGCAAAGGGGGCCCAAAAGGAGCUCGAGUCAUGUCCCCCCAAGAUGCGGCCCAUUCAGGAGAUGGAGUUCUACAUGAGGACCUUCAGCCACAUGCGCCCAGAGCCCCCUGGCCAUGCUAGGCCAGCGACAGUCAAUGCUAAUCCCUCCGGGUUUCUUGUCACACAAGACCAAGUGGAACCUCCAAGGUCCUCCCCGGACACUCUAGCCCUGCCUCCUGCUAUCCGACCCCAGAAAAAAAGGAAGCGACGGAGGUAUAAGGUGCCGAGGACUGGGAUCUUGGAUCGGGAGUCCCCGCUCCCCAAGCUGCGGGGGCCCCGGACCCCCGACCCGCACUCCAGCUCAUCGACUGACAGCUCCAGCGCCACUGUGCGGGUCGAGGAGGAGCGGCCGGCCCGACUCUAUGCAAAACCCCCACUGUCGCAGCACCGAGUGCACUUUAGGGGCCCCAGGGCCGGCGGGAUCGACCUCCAUGACUCAGCAAUAUCUAACCCACCGGCCCUGAUGCUCCAAUAA